ACAGAAGACAGACCAGGCUGUAAUUCUGAAAGGGAUGGAGCCUGCAUUUUAUUAAAAAGCUGUGUUUGGUUUCUAAGGUACAGGGUGGAUGAGGGGAAGACCUCUGGUAGACACAUCCUUCCUAGCCAUGAAGAGAUGAGAUCAUUGUUCUGCAGCCUACAAGAUUGUGCCCUCCUCUUGAACCUCUUCUUGUUUUAGAGUUAAAAGUUGUUCUUUUCCAGAUGUGGGAUUUUUUUUAAUCCUUGGCAAGGUGAGGAGGUUCAGGAGAGAGCUGAGAGGAUGGAAAAGACAGUAGCAAAUCCUGCCAACCUUGUCUGCUCUACUUCUGCCUGACCGUGCCUUGAAGAUGUUCCUCCUGAUGCAGAUGUUGCUCUUUUCCCUCUGCCUGGGGCUCUCACAGGGCUUGGGCUCCUUCGUCCACUGUGAACCUUGCGACGAGAAAGCCCUCUCCAUGUGCCCUCCCAGCCCUGUGGGCUGCGAGCUGGUGAAAGAGCCCGGCUGUGGAUGCUGCAUGACUUGUGCCCUGGCGGAAGGGCAGUCCUGUGGGGUGUACACGGAGCGAUGUGCCCAGGGUUUGCGCUGCCUGCCACGCCAAGGUGAGGAGAAGCCCUUGCAUGCCCUGCUCCACGGCCGAGGCAUCUGCCUCAACGAAAAGAGCUACAGGGAGCAAGCCAAAAAUGAAAGAGAAUCCCGUGAACAUGAGGAGCCAACCACCUCAGAGAUGGCAGAGGAGACCUACUCGCCCAAAAUGUACAGGAACAAAGCCCAUGGGCGUAUCCCAGAGCACAAGGCUGAGGCCCUGAAGAAGGAUCGCAGGAAGAAGUAUUCUUUAGCCAAGUUUGUGGGUGGGGCGGAAAACACUGCACACCCACGAGUGGCUGCCCCUGAGCUCAGACCAGAAUUUGAACUGGGUCCAUGCCGGAGGCAGAUGGAGGCAUCACUGCAGGAACUGAAAUCAAGCCAGCGAAUGAUUCCUCGUGCUGUCCACCUUCCCAAUUGUGACAGGAAAGGCUUCUACAAGAGGAAACAGUGCAAGCCCUCUCGGGGCCGAAAACGUGGACUGUGUUGGUGUGUGGACAAAUAUGGACUGAAGCUUCCAGGAACGGAUUAUGUAGCUGGAGACCUCCAAUGUCACAACUUCGACAGUGGCAACACUGAGUGAAUGUCCCUCUUACCUCUCUCUCCCUGCCAGAGCCCUUCCCCACCCAUCUCACCCACCCACACCUCACGACGCCCCCCAAGAGACCGAUUCCUUUCAUCUCAUUUAAAAAACUGAGGACCUCGGAAUCUACAGCAUGUCAUCCACUUCUCUCAAUGGCAAUGACAGAGACUCAAGGAGAAAAGGAAACAUGUUAAGCCAAAAAUUAAAAUGCAACAAAUCAAAGGGGAAGACGAUGAUGAAGAAGGUGAUGAUGAUGACAAUAUGCCAGCCACCUCCCUUGGGACAUGGCCCUGCACAAAUCUCAUAGGCCAACUGGCUUGCACAUAAGUCCACACAGCUACCAAGACAAUAUCAGCACAGGAAGCUCUCAGAAGCACUUGAAUUGUGUGGAUUAUUUUUGUAAACUUUUCUUCUUUCUUUAAUAUAUAGGGGAUUUCAGACUUUUCAAAUCAGAAAAGUACUUAGUGUGACCAGGAGAAUUCUAGGAUAAGCAGGCCUUGCAUACAUACACAUAUAGGUACACAUAUAUAUACACCUACAUGUGAAUGUAUAUGCAUUUUUGUAUCCUGGCAACUUUUUGAGAGUACAUUUUCAUUUCUGCUUCCGAGAAAAACAAAUGAAAACACCAGGACAUACAGCAGGAGACAGAGAAACCAAAUAAUUAAGAAUCAAAUGCUUUCAGUUCCCAUUGGGGGGGUUUUCCUUGGGUACUAAGAAGUUUGACCUGAUUGUUUCAGGUGUCAUUGUGCAUCCUUUUCCCAGUGUAAACAAAUGUGUGCACAUGUUUGUUCUUCAGUAAGCAUGCCUCCUUCCUGACACACAAGAGCCCCUUUAACUUUAACCAUGAGUGAAGGCCCACAAACCUAUUUAGGGUUCCUUGUGUAGGUUCAAGGUAUUCAAGGGAUUGUGUAUCUGCAUGUAAUACUGUAGCAAAUACCUUGCAGGUACUUUAAGCACAAUGUUUUUAUUGCUUACAGUCAGCUUUACAUCAACAGUCCUGUGAAUUUCCAUGGCCUUAAUAGCCUAGAAAACAUUAUUACCCUCUCUGUCUUUUUGCUGUAAGGAUGAGGUUGCACAAGGACAAUUGGGAGAGGUCAGUUUGGGAUUCCUAACAAUCACACUAUACUAAACGUGCAAACCCAGUUCACAGUUAGAGAAAUAGUUUCCCUUCUUCUGAUAUCUGUAAUUUUAUCUGAAAGCCUCUGUAGACAGAGGCCUCUGGUCGUUCAAAGUGUAUUUGAGUAGCUUCGCCUUUUUCCUUGACAGAGGCUCUGGGUCUCUAACACCUGUUUGCCAGGCAGAAAUGCAGUCGGUGUGGUUUUAUCCCCAUCACUGCAUCUUUCUAUUGGGGAAAGCUGUAUCUGUGGAAUUUCUGACUGUUGUGUCACUGGGAGACACAUGAGGCCUGUCAGGACAGAAAAGGUAUUAACUCUAGCUGUGAGAACAAACAGAUGGCACAUAUAAACUGCCUGCAGAAACCAUUGAUUUGUCAACUUUCACAUUCAGGCUUGGGCAGACCACUAAAGGCUAAGCCAUUUUUUUAAAAAAAAUAAUUCUUGUUGCUAUUGUUGUUGUUCUUUUUGCUGUUGUUUUUUAAACUCCUUGGUAUGUUUCUAUGGACACUGCCAUGACAAGGGUCCUUCCUUUACCCAUAAGAGCAAGUGUGAAUGCAAGAAAAGGAUCAGCACCAAUAGAAAGGACUGACUGAAAGAAUCACUGAACUGAGUAGCCAUUGAGAAGCAUCAGGCCACUGCAACCUAACCAGAAAUGGCACCCUUUGGUAAGCCUUUCUUCCCAGAGGAGGACUCCAAAGGACUUGAGGUUACACUGGUGUGGCUGGCUGCAAGCACUUCUGGACAACAUGCUAAAUGGAGAGAGAAGCAUGGAGAGAGAGGGAGAAAGACAAAGUGACUGAAAGAGAUACCGUUUCAUGUGGGCAGGUGGAGAAAGACUGCACUGCUUGGUGAGCAUCAAAACAAAAGAGUGCCAUUGACAGGAGAAGCAAAAGGACACCCACAAUGACUCACAAUACACACUACUAAUACAGAUUAAAAGGAAAUGAGGAAUCUUUCUGGCAGAAUGACAACUGUAUGAAAGGGACUGUGGCAAGUUUUGUUCCUAACCUGCCCCUGCCAACUCCCCUUCAUUACCAGUCACCUUCAGGUGAGCUCCAGGACAAUAUUGAAAAGCCAGUCAUUAUCUGGUCUUCCCAAGGAUGUGAGAAAUGGCAAGAAAAUUGUGAUCAGGCACUCCCGCCUUUGGAGGUCUUGUCUUAUGGAGGUGAGGGAAGAUGACUUCUCUGCCUUUGGGUGUGCAGAAGCUUCUCACUUUGUGCAGAGACUGGGAAUGAUGGGUAUAGGAAUACAAUGUUUCUUCCCAUGGUUAUAAUACUUUCAAAAGUUUGACCAUUUGGGUAGAAGUCCUGCCAUGGACUUCAACAACAUGAACCAAAUCAACUCCGUCCUUCAAUCCAGCUUUUGACAUUUGAUCAAGAGGUACAUUUGUCAGCAUUCAGACUUCCAGAGAUAUGUUAAUCACCUCUGGAUAUCCCAUCCACCCCCUCCCUGUGGCUUUGGCAGCAUUGGUAAAACUUUAUGCCCUUUCUCCUCAAGAGGUGGGGCAAAAACCAACCAUGCACUCUGGUAGUAAAAAAACAAAAAGCUGAACUGUGCUUUGACUGGGACAUUUGCUUCCAAGAACAAUUGGGCCCAGAUUUUCCCCCUCCCCUACAACCCUAUUUUAGGGUGCUAAAAGGUGAAAAUGCCUCCCUUUUUUACUACCUACCUUAAGGUAGGUUGCUGGUUGGGAGUGUUUGUCUGUCUUCUUAAUUCCUGAGGGGCUCCACUGACCGUGCCAUCAGUUGGAAAUAUUAGGACCACCACCCUAAGUACCUCUCCUCCCAGUUCCUUGACAAGAAGGAUGUUACAGAGCUACUGGAUUUGUGCCAGUCAAGGAAGCUCUUUAGCGACCCUACCCAAUGAAUCUCUCCAGACGUUGUGUGAAUGGACUAAGUCACAAGCAUGUAAAUGGGAGAAAGGGUGGAAAUUUGUGGCAAUGGGGUAAGGAAGGGAGACCACACUUCACUGCUUUGAUGUUAGCAAACUGAGGUGUGUUUCUGCCAGAAGUGGACAUAAUCCUAGUGUUCCUGCAGGAGAUCCAUGUGCAACAUUUUGGUUAUUAUUUGUAGCCUUCUGCUAACUGAGUGGAAAGAAAUCCACCAAGGAUCCUUUCUCUAUCUAUGGUUUUGAGCAUAGGAUCAUUUACAAAUUGGGAUAAGCUAAUUGUGUCCUUCUGGAUGGUGCUAGACUACAAAUCCUAUUAUCCUUCACUACUGGCUAUGCUGGCUGAUAUUGGUGGGAGCUGCAAUUCAACAACAUCUGGAGGAUUACAAGUUGUCCAUCCCCCUAUGAUCAUAGGGAAUCAUAGAGAAAGGUGCCACUGGUAUCUUGGGUAGAUAUGCCACAGUUAAUGGUCAGUAGUCCAAGUGAGGGAGACAUAAAGUGGCAUCAAAGUAGUGCAUCUUGAGGAAUCACCCAAAGGAAAUACCACAACUGUCAGUUCCUAAGAACCAAACCAGCAAGUGUAUGUAAAGCUUGAAUCAGGUCUUGACAUUUCUAAAAGGCUCCUCCCAAUCCACCCUCUGCUGCCAAUCCUUCCACCAUAGAUGUGUCUGACCUUUGACAGAGGAACAAAAUGAUGUCUCAAGACCUACAGAAAGUUUAUGCUAAAACAAAGCCUACUACUAGCUCCUGGGCUCUUUGAAGAUGGGGCUUCAAUGUGGACCCAUUAUGAACAAAGGUGAAACUUGGGGAAAUGGGUCAGACCCAUUUUGCUCACUGCAAGGCAGGCACCAUGCACUUUCUUGACAUGUAAAUCAUACAGUGGCUUUGGGCUGAGGAGAGGCAGCAGAAGCAAACAAACAUCUUAUUGUCAAAAAAAAAGUAGACAAAGGCAGAAGAGAAGUGGAGAGAGUUGCACAUAUAAUCUAAGUUAUGUUGUGUAUAAGGAGACAGGAAUUGUGCUAGUCACAUUUUUUUAUAUAAAUAUAUAUAAAAAGAACUGGGGCAAAUUUACACUGCAAAUGAUUGCAAGUUUUAUACCAGUUUGAUUCCCAUGGUUUUACCCAAAAAUUAUGGGAACUGCAGUUUGCUGAGGGUCUGAGAAGUCUGCUAUGGUUCCUGAGAACUCUCAACUCCCUGGGCAGACCUUCAGUUCCUAAGGUUCCCUGGAGGGACCCAAUGGCUCUCAUUUCAGUGUACAUCUGUGGUGCAAAUAUGCCUUUAGUUGCAUAAGAUUAAAGAAUGUCACUAAAAUCCCUCUCAACCCUUCCCCCCAACUCCUGGACUGGUUUCAGAAAAAUUGUUUUCUUUCUUUCUUGAUAUGUAUUUUGUUUUAUUUCUUGAAACUUGAAAACCCUUCCCUGCAGAAUAAGAAAAGAGACCUUACCCAGUAAACAGGAGACACAAUACAGCCUCAACUUCUUUCUCUCUUCCUCCCUCCCCUCCCGCCAAUAGACUCCACAAAUAAUUUGGAAAAGUGGCUUAUAUUCAAUGACAAUAUUACUGCUUAGCUCUUUCACUGCCAACUCACAUAUAGGGGUUGGGGGGGUUGUGAGCAGUGGGGAUUAAUGCAUUCAAAACAUUACUGUGAAUGUGUUCUCAUUGCCUAGUCACCAGCACCUGGAAAAGCAACAUUUUUUACUAUUACUUCCCAAUCCCCUCUAGGAGAUGUAAUCCAAACAAAGUAAUCUCUGCUAGGUGCAAUUUUUUUCUGGCUGCAUCAAAAGCUGAAUUAGGUUCAAGUGCAUUGGCUAGAGCUCAUUUUCUGUAAGCAACAUAGUGGUCAGUAUUGCUUAAGCAUGAUGGGAACAGCAUGGACAAUCUAAAACUGGUGUAAGCAUCAGCCCUUAGAAGGCAAACACGUAGGUUUCUUUCAACAGCAGUUAAAAAUAUCAUCUGUAAGGCAAAGAAACUGUUGCUCUUACCUUAACUAUGCAAAGUUACUAGCAGUCUAUGGAAGAUUAAAAGAACUACAGACCCUUUUCCAGGUAGAUCCUGCUGUAGAGUUGCCCCAGAAAGACUAUAAUAAACUUUUAAUGCUUGUGCACUCUUGGUUUGACUCAAACAAAGGAGUCCACUGGGACCUUGUAAUGUGGAGUAAAAAUAUUUGUUUUGUAUACACUUAAGAGGGCUCAAGAUAGCCACCCGCAUAACAUUUACAUAAUUUGAUCAUUGCCUAAAAGAGUCUAGCAAACCUGUAGGGCAGUUGAGCAGGCAAAAAACCUGUGAGCCUCAAGGCAGAUGCUGCAGCUAGAAAUAUUGCUAAUAUGUAUUAGCAGCAGACCCCAUAUCUUAUCCUAUAGAUUUUGAAGCACUUGUGCAAGAGAUUAUAGGGAAGAAAUCCUGCCAAAAGUGAAGCUAUUAAAAACGGGGAUUUCUAAGCCUUAUUGAAGAGCACCUAAUUUGUCUAAAGUCCUUUAUCACACCUACCAAGCCAUCCCCUCUAAGUUCAUUAGCCUUUUGGAUACAUUGGAUACAGCACACCCUCUAGCCGUUCAUUCUUUCACUGACCAUUAAGCCACUGGUUCACACAACCCAACAGCUUUUAAAAAAGGAAGUUAUAACUGAGUACAGUUAUAAGCUGUGUUAUAAGCCAAAGCCAUAUAAGCUUUAAAUGCAGUAUUCUUGUUAUGGAAUAAAUGAAUUUCCCUCCUUCCCUCCUUCAAACUGGCCACUCUGUUUUUAAAUCCAUAUAACUACACUUCCCCAAAGAAACCCACUACCUAAAUAAUAGGGGAAAGAGAAUAUUAUUGAGGAGUGGCUCUAUGGUCAGGUAAAGUGAGGAGCGCCUCCCUCUCACAACUGCUUUUGGAGUGUUUUCAAAGGCAGCAGACUAUUAGCUUUCCUGUAUUUUUUAUUGGGGGUGUAUGUUUUGCCAGGGAAAUUUUGGGAGGGGGUUCCUUCAGGUGCCAAAAAUAACUUGAUCAGCCUUGGGUGCUAUACACCUUGGAUCUGGUGGGAAUUGGUGGAACUGAGAUAAUGCCAUUUGCCCUGCUUAGGACAUAUUCUCCCUUGUUGACAAAGGAGAACAUGCUCCUUUGAUUUUCUUUAGAUAAAGAACUUUCCUCCUAUCAAGCAUCAGCAAAUCAGAAUAAGGAGAAAAAGUUUUUUUAAAAAAAAAGACAGCAGUGGAGAAGCUCCUUUCAGAGACAAUGCACACAGUGGAAGGGCAGAAAAGGUGUUGGAGGUAGUUUUCACAUAGAAAACAACAUUCAGGGGUGCAGGCUCCAGCUGCCAGAGCAGCUAGUCCUUUCAAUAGUUGUGGGUAAGAAUCUAGAUCUCGAGAGGGUACCACUGCAGCUGAGAUAGUAGAAGGCAAGACAGCCACCUGGGGAGCCAAGAACAUCCAAGAUGAGGUCGUCCUUGUCAGUGCUGCAGCGGACAAUUUUAUUUUGAAACCACUAAUACAAGAGCAUAUUGCACUAUUUCUCCAUCUCUCUCUUCCCCUUGCUUUCUUUCUCUCCCUUACCCCUUCCCCAAGCUCCCUUUCUUAACAGAGCAACUCUGACUUAAACGGUUGACAGGUCACCACAGUCCCACAGGGCCACUUUCCUGGUAUAAGCCUCUCUCUCAGCUAAUGCUCUGUGGAAGGGAAGAUUCAAGUGUCACUCCACGUCCAAUUUCGCCCACGCUAAGCCCUUCCCACAACACCACUGGGACAGCUCUUCUACGAUGCAGGUCUAUCGCCCACAUUAGCACAGUUAACCACCCAAAAGAUUCCGAGUUUCCUGCCUGGUUUUAAUCAUUAUGCAAAAUUAUUCACUCACUACACAUUUUACAGUAGCUUUUAAUAGCUUUACAUACAUACAUACAGUAGCUCUGUGGAUAUUUUGUUUUUGUUUUUCUUUUGCGGUAAACAAGAAUAGUCAUACUCUUACGGUGGGGGAAAAUGCAGUUUGUGAAAAGCUGACAAUGGAUGAGGAGUGUAAUGCUCUCUUUAGCAUUUUGUACUUAAAAAAAGAAUCUCACAUUUUAUUAAAAAGUGAAGAUUGCUGUAUGCUAUUUAUUCAACUUAUAAUUUAUGUUACUCUUUGAUCUUUGUCUUUUCUUAUGACAAAGCAUUUAUUUAAUAAAGUUAUGCAUUCAGUUA